AUGCGUCGCUGGGGAAGUGGUGCCGCGUGCCGCGUGGCGGCGACGUCGAUGCGUGCAUUCUGGGACCCGUACGGCCACCAGCCGGAGUCCAUGUUUCUCGAUCGCAAGGACUUGGAGCAGAUGUACCCCACCCGCAAGCCAAAGACCACGGGUGGUGAAUUUGGUUAUGAGCGAGGCCCGUACUGGGCUGCAAUGCUUGUUCCGAACCCGGCGGUGCGACUACCGCACGAACGCCGCCGCCUGAACCCUAAGCCUGCGAGACGGGUAACAGUGUUCGGAGCCAGCGGUUACCUCGGCGCGGAGAUUGUGCGGGAGCUCUGCGAACACCCCGACAUUGAGAAGGUAUGUGCCACAACGCGCUACCCUACCCUCAUCCCAGCUGGAUCCGACCUUGACCUGCUCCUCCAGAAGUACCCUGAGAAGAUUGAACUCCACGAGUGUGACGUGACGGACCGCAUUCAAGUCAACGUGGCGUCCAAUGGCAGUGAUACGCUGGUGUUCGCUGUCGAUUAUCACGCAGAAUACGCCAACAAUAGCCACCAUGACGUAUUUUUGACAGGGGCUACCAAUGUGAGCUGGACAGCGCGUAGUGUACGGGCGGAACGUGUGAUCUUCUGCAAUGGUCUGGAUGCAACGUUUGCCUCCGAGUCAAAUUACUGUGACUUCCGUGCCCGUGCAGAGGAUGCGGUGGGCGCCAACCACCCAGAUGCGACAAUUAUUCGUUUUGGUCCACUGUAUGGGAAGAAAUAUCGCUAUCGGGGUCUUGGACGCUACAUUUAUCCAGCGUGCUUCCCCAAUACCCUAGUGCAGCCGACGUGGGUUGUGGAUGCGGCGCGGGCUGUGGUGCGUUGCUCAAUGGCUCACCGGGCUGUGCGCUACAAGUUCGAUUUGGGUGGUCCCCAGACACUGACGCACGUUGAGGGGUUUCGAAACAUUUCCUCACACUUCAACGGUCGUCUCGUUUUCCCCUGCUAUCGGGGUAUUGGGCGCUUCUUUGGCAAGCUACUGCCGUGGACUGUGCCAAACCCAUGGUUUGAUGACAACUGGAUUUUGACCUAUGAGCUGGAUCAAGUAAACCGCCGUAGCACACUUUUUGACCGUCUCGCAUCAUGGGAGCGUAUCGCGUACACACCGCACACCAUACAGGAGGCAGCUGAGAUUGAAAAGGGCGAAGUGAAACUCCCUCCUCUUCACGAGCUAGACGUAGCUUAUAAAGCGCUUGAGGCAGCGGACAAGGCUGCCUUUGAUUUAGAAGAAGAAAAUGCUAAGAAAUACGGCAUUCACCGAGCCAAGGCCGAACCUGGUUUUGGCCGCACCGAUGGCUUGGAGGCGCUCGCACAAGAGAUAUAUCCGGGACAACAAUUCCGCAUCAAGCCGCUAGAGGGCGCGAAGUACCCGUCCAAUGUCAAGAAUCCAGGACCAGUGGCCAUCCAAUAA